AUGACCGAUCGAAGCAUGGAGACUCCGACGAUUGACUCCGCGGGAGCCAUUCGAGCCUACACGGGCAUCCCUGGAUCUAUUCGAGAAGAUUUCAUUGUUCUGAAGGUAGACGAUGGCGCAGGAGGUCAAGGCACCUUCAUUGUACCGCGAGCACUUACAGAAAAAAUCAACUAUAUCAAAGACCGAUAUACAAUCAAGAGGCCCAACACGAUUGAUAUGCCAGCCAUUUCACCAGACGCAUUCCAUCGCGUUGUGCAACACGUUUCUACCGGUACUUUCGACAUCGCGGUUCCACUCUCGAACUGGAAGUCGUACCCUCUGAAGGCGGCCAGAACGCAACAAGCAAACAUCCGUAACCCAGCUCGCAACCUUUGGCUAGAUUGGAAUGCCGACAAAGAGACUUUCAGUCUACGGCUCUACGGAACCGAAUCUGAUAUCUCUGGGGAUGCGUUCUCUCUUCUGGUCCUCGGACCACUCAAGGCUCCAUAUUUGACCUUGAACUUCAAUCAGUUGAGCGUGACCAUCACCCCCGGGGUCUCGGAGGUCCAAAUCACAUUCUGGACGCAAGAUGAUCUGUUGGACUUCCUCCUGCAACUUCUUGCUUUGCUAAAGUCAACUCGAUGCCCAGUCUGUGACGAGCGAAUUCAAGCGAUGAAAGUUGAAGAAUACUCAACCCCUAAGCUCCGGACCUUCAGCACUACCUUGGACAUUUCUGAUGACAACAACAUUGACGUCAGAUCUGAGCGAUUCAGAUUGAAGCUACUCGACCGAGAAUUUGAGGUUUACCACGCUGUGUAUCAGACCGGUAUCACUGAGAUGUACACGCUGUUGCUCAAGAAAGUCGAGGACAUCCUCAGAGGCGGAGAAGAAGACUUGCAAGUUGCUCUGGCUCAGCGUGUGCAAAAGCAAGCCUUCACUCCUACAAACUUCAAGGAAUACGUGGCGAGUCGCAUGUAUAACAUGUUCCGCGACGUCUCUGUUGAGGAUGACUUGGACUUCAAGGGGGACUUGCAAGUCGCUCUUGCUGAAGCCUUGCGCAGAGCAGGAAGGUGCUGA